GUUCCUCUACCUGGCAUGAAAUGGGUAGAUAACCACAAAGGAGUAUUUAAUGUUGAAGUUGUUGCUGUUUCAUCUAUCCACACACAGGAUCCUUACCUCGACAAGUUUUUUGCUCUUGUCAAUGCUCUAGAUGAACAUAUGUUCCCUGUCCGAAUUGGAGACAUGCGCAUCAUGGAAAAUAACUUAGAAAAUGAACUGAAGAGUAGUAUUUCAGCACUGAAUUCAUCUCAGUUGGAACCAAUAGUCCGAUUUCUUCAUCUUCUGCUUGAUAAACUAAUACUUUUAGUUGUUAGACCUCCUGUCAUUGCUGGACAAAUAGUUAAUCUAGGUCAAGCAUCUUUUGAAGCUAUGGCAUCAAUUAUAAAUCGACUUCACAAAAACUUAGAAGGAAAUCAUGACCAGCACGGUAGAAACAGCCUUCUUGCAUCAUACAUCUAUUAUGUUUUCCGCCUGCCAAAUUCAUCCCCUAAUUCACCUUCACCAGGUCCUGGGGGUUUGGGAGGAUCAGUGCAUUAUGCCACAAUGGCUAGAUCUGCUGUGAGACCUGCCAGCCUUAACUUAAAUCGUUCUCGAAGCCUUAGUAAUAGUAAUCCGGAUAUAUCUGGGACUCCCACAUCACCCGAUGAUGAAGUUCGGUCAAUCAUCGGCAGUAAGGGUUUAGAUCGCUCCAAUUCCUGGGUUAACACUGGUGGUCCAAAAGCUGCCCCAUGGGGAUCCAACCCCAGUCCAAGUGCAGAAUCAACACAGGCUAUGGAUCGAAGUUGUAAUCGUAUGUCUUCGCACACAGAGACGUCAAGUUUCUUACAAACAUUAACGGGACGCUUACCAACUAAAAAGCUUUUUCAUGAGGAGCUGGCUUUGCAGUGGGUUGUUUGCAGUGGCAGUGUUCGGGAGUCAGCCUUGCAGCAAGCCUGGUUCUUUUUUGAGUUAAUGGUAAAGAGCAUGGUACACCACUUAUACUUUAAUGAUAAACUUGAUGCUCCAAGGAAGAGUCGUUUUCCAGAACGAUUCAUGGAUGAUAUUGCUGCUCUUGUUAGCACAAUUGCUAGUGAUGUUGUGUCACGAUUUCAGAAGGACACAGAAAUGGUUGAGAGACUGAAUACAAGCCUUGCAUUCUUUCUCAAUGAUUUGUUGUCUGUAAUGGACAGAGGAUUUGUCUUUACCCUUGUAAAGUCCUGCUAUAAACAGGUGUCCUCAAAACUCUAUUCACUGCCAAAUCCAAGUGUCCUGGUCUCCUUGAGGUUGGAUUUUCUGCGAAUCAUCUGUAGUCACGAGCAUUAUGUUACAUUAAACUUACCCUGCAGCUUACUUACUCCACCUGCAUCUCCAUCUCCUUCUGUUUCUUCUGCAACAUCUCAGAGUUCUGGAUUUUCCACAAAUGUGCAGGACCAGAAGAUUGCAAAUAUGUUUGAAUUGUCCUUACCUUUCCGCCAGCAGCAUUAUUUAGCAGGCCUUGUGUUAACAGAGCUGGCUGUCAUUUUAGAUCCUGAUGCUGAAGGACUGUUUGGAUUGCAUAAGAAAGUCAUCAAUAUGGUACACAAUUUGCUAUCCAGUCAUGACUCUGACCCACGGUACUCUGACCCUCAAAUAAAGGCUCGGGUGGCUAUGUUGUAUCUUCCUCUGAUUGGUAUUAUCAUGGAAACUGUACCUCAACUGUAUGAUUUUACAGAAACACACAAUCAACGAGGAAGACCAAUGUGUAUAGCUCCUGAUGAUUAUGAUAGUGAGAGUGGAAGCAUGAUAAGCCAGACAGUUGCCAUGGCAAUUGCAGGAACAUCAGUCCCUCAGUUAACAAGACCUGGCAGUUUCCUCCUCACAUCAACGAGUGGCAGACAGCAUACCACCUUCUCAGCAGAAUCAAGUCGGAGCCUUUUGAUCUGUCUGCUUUGGGUUCUCAAGAAUGCAGAUGAAACAGUUCUACAGAAAUGGUUUACAGAUCUCUCAGUCCUACAGCUUAACCGGCUGUUAGAUCUUCUUUAUCUCUGUGUAUCUUGCUUUGAGUACAAAGGGAAAAAGGUGUUUGAAAGAAUGAAUAGUUUGACCUUUAAGAAAUCAAAAGACAUGAGAGCCAAACUUGAAGAAGCCAUUCUGGGGAGCAUUGGUGCUAGGCAGGAAAUGGUGCGCCGAAGCCGAGGACAACUUGAGAGAAGCCCAUCUGGAAGUGCCUUUGGAAGCCAAGAAAACCUGAGGUGGAGAAAGGAUAUGACACACUGGCGUCAGAACACGGAGAAGCUUGACAAGUCAAGAGCAGAGAUUGAACAUGAAGCACUGAUUGACGGAAACCUGGCUACUGAAGCAAACCUAAUCAUUUUAGAUACGUUAGAGAUUGUUGUCCAGACUGUUUCUGUAACAGAAUCCAAAGAGAGCAUUCUUGGUGGGGUGCUGAAAGUGCUACUACAUAGUAUGGCUUGUAACCAAAGUGCAGUCUACCUGCAGCACUGCUUUGCUACGCAGAGAGCUCUGGUCUCAAAGUUCCCCGAGCUCUUGUUUGAAGAAGAAACAGAGCAGUGUGCUGAUUUAUGCCUCCGACUUCUCCGACAUUGCAGCAGCAGCAUUGGUACAAUACGGUCACAUGCUAGUGCCUCCCUCUAUCUCCUCAUGAGGCAGAACUUUGAGAUUGGGAAUAACUUUGCCAGAGUUAAAAUGCAAGUAACAAUGUCACUAUCCUCCUUGGUGGGUACAUCUCAGAAUUUUAAUGAAGAAUUCUUAAGACGUUCUCUAAAGACUAUAUUGACAUAUGCUGAAGAAGAUCUGGAAUUGAGGGAAACAACAUUUCCUGAUCAGGUCCAAGAUCUGGUUUUCAAUCUCCAUAUGAUCCUUUCUGAUACUGUUAAAAUGAAGGAACACCAAGAGGAUCCUGAAAUGUUGAUUGAUCUCAUGUACAGAAUUGCCAAGGGCUACCAGACCUCUCCAGACCUGCGAUUGACCUGGUUGCAGAACAUGGCUGGCAAACACUCUGAACGAAGCAAUCAUGCUGAAGCCGCUCAGUGCCUAGUCCACUCAGCAGCACUUGUUGCUGAGUAUUUGAGCAUGCUAGAGGACCGGAAGUAUCUUCCUGUUGGGUGUGUUACAUUUCAGAAUAUUUCAUCUAAUGUUUUAGAAGAAUCUGCAGUCUCAGAUGAUGUAGUAUCUCCAGAUGAAGAAGGUAUCUGCUCUGGGAAGUACUUUACUGAAUCAGGACUGGUGGGAUUACUGGAACAAGCAGCUGCUUCUUUCUCUAUGGCUGGCAUGUAUGAAGCAGUUAAUGAGGUUUAUAAAAUACUUAUUCCUAUUCAUGAAGCUAAUCGGGAUGCAAAGAAACUCUCCACAAUCCAUGGUAAACUUCAAGAAGCAUUCAGCAAAAUUGUUCAUCAGAGUACUGGCUGGGAGCGGAUGUUUGGCACCUAUUUUCGUGUUGGUUUUUAUGGAACCAAGUUCGGGGAUUUGGAUGAACAGGAGUUUGUUUACAAGGAGCCUGCAAUAACCAAACUUGCAGAGAUAUCGCACAGAUUGGAGGGAUUUUAUGGAGAAAGAUUUGGAGAGGAUGUGGUUGAAGUAAUCAAGGACUCUAAUCCUGUAGACAAGUGUAAAUUAGAUCCUAACAAGGCAUACAUUCAGAUUACCUAUGUGGAGCCUUUCUUUGAUACCUAUGAGAUGAAGGACAGAAUCACAUAUUUUGACAAAAAUUAUAAUCUUCGCCGUUUCAUGUACUGUACACCCUUCACCUUAGAUGGUCGUGCCCAUGGGGAACUUCAUGAACAGUUUAAACGAAAGACCAUUCUGACUACUUCUCAUGCUUUUCCUUAUAUUAAAACAAGGGUUAACGUCACUCAGAAAGAAGAGAUAAUCUUAACACCAAUUGAGGUUGCUAUUGAAGACAUGCAAAAAAAAACACAAGAAUUGGCAUUCGCAACACAUCAGGAUCCAGCAGACCCCAAAAUGCUUCAGAUGGUUCUCCAAGGAUCUGUAGGUACAACUGUGAACCAGGGGCCUCUGGAAGUUGCCCAGGUUUUCCUGUCUGAAAUACCCAGUGAUCCCAAGCUCUUCAGACAUCAUAACAAGCUGCGACUUUGCUUUAAGGAUUUUACUAAAAGGUGUGAAGAUGCCUUAAGAAAAAAUAAGAGUUUAAUUGGACCAGAUCAAAAGGAGUAUCAAAGAGAACUGGAGAGAAACUAUCAUCGCCUUAAAGAAGCUCUACAGCCACUGAUAAACAGAAAGAUCCCUCAGUUAUACAAGGCAGUAUUACCUGUCACUUGCCACAGAGAUUCCUUCAGUCGAAUGAGCCUUCGCAAAAUGGAUCUCUAAAAUAAAUGCACUUGUUUUAUUCAUUAGAAAAGAGCCAUGUAUUCAACAGAGUGUGAAAACAAGAUCUAUUGAAAGAGAGAACUUGGAUAUAAUUCUGGAAAUGAUAGCAUUAAUUAUUCAAGAAUGCCAAAAUAUCAGAUAUAGGACUGUUUAAAUGUUUGAGGAUCAUGGCUAUGGUUUCUAACAGUCUGGUAAUGUGUUGUCAUUUUUUAAAUAUUUUAAUGAUUCAAAGGUACAUACACAUUGACCAUUAUUUAUACCAUAGUUAAUGUUAAAUUUAAGUUCAUAUUUUUUAAUUUAUAUUACCAUUUAUAGAUUCAUUUUUAGAACCAUUUUAAAUGUAGUAAUGCUUAUUUUAAAGGUACUAUUAAAUAUGUGAAUGUUUACACU